AUGCCUGAAAUUGCUUUGGGAGAAAAGUUUGCAUCAUUUGACGUCUUGAAAGAUGCUAUUGAUCGCUAUCAGAAAGUCAACAAUGUGCAGCUGAUUGUCAAAGACUCCAAGUUGUUGGGCAGAAUUGCUAAGACCAUGCCCAAACUUUUGGAUGUUGUCAACAAAGAUAUCCUCUACUAUCGCCUGGCAUAUGCUUGUGAAUUUCAUGGGGAAUAUCGAUCCAAGGGCAAGGUGAAACCAAACCACGUAUCCAAGCGCCGUGGUUGCCCCAUGCGUAUCUUGUUGAGGUUGGCUGAAGAUCUUCACCACCUGGUGGUGUACGAGCUGUUUGAACAACACAACCAUGAGCUGGAGCCACGAGACCAGACAAGCACCCCGAAACAGCAGAUGUUUCGUAUGUCACGGCUCAACUCAUCCCGCUAUACAAUCACCAAGCUGGAGGAAGGCGAGGGUGGUCAAUUAGUAGAUAUUGAAACAAAUUUUGGGAAUGAAAUCUUUGACGAUGAAGAGGGAAAUGAAAGUGGCCUUACUACAUCCAAGACAUCUCAGUCUGUAAAUACACCCAUUGCCCGUUUGAUUGGCAAUGCAAGCAAGCGUAUCCUGACUGUCGGUGACCUGAAGAAUGACAAUAUUGAGCAAGAUUUGAAAAGAAGAAAGUUGUUGCUGCAGAACAGAAAGUUGGAGCUGGAAAAUAAAAAGUUGGAGCUGGAAACAAAGAAACUGGAGUUGGAGUUGAAGUUGUUGGAGAAAAGAAACGAAGAUGAUGAUCAAGGACUUGCAGGAAAUACAUAUUAUGUGUCUCAUGUGAUCGAUGACUCCAAGGACGGCAUAUCUGAUGCUACAGCUUUCUCAUCUUCUGCAGCGGAGGUCAUCAAGUCUCUCACAGGCAGAGGUCACCCCUUUCAGAUCAUUGCACAGUAA